GGUCCACGUUACUCGCGCGGUGUUUAACACGAGAGCUUUGUAUGUGUGUGUAUGAGUUAUCACCGUCAUGACACCAUUUGGCCUCAAUUAUUAAGACGGAGAUAGUGUUGACAUAUCCGCAACAGCCGCCCACCGGGGAGCGAGGAUAUAAAACACCAUGGAUCCCCCUCGCAAGUGAAUGGUGUUCGUGCUACAGCCACAACUCAAACACAUCACACACACAGGCAAAGAGACCUCCCACCUAAACAAUGGACCCCACCACUUACAAGACCAUCACCACCCAGCGUGGCUACAGCUACAGCUACUACGUCUCUGCCACCAAGGGCCAGAAGGAGACUCUUCUGUUGCUCCAUGGCUUCCCGGAGUACGCUGACAUGUGGGCUGACCAGGUCGCCGCCUUUGAAGCUGCUGGCUACACCUGCAUCGCCCCCGAUCUGCUCGGCUACGGCGCUACCUCCAAGCCCGUUGAUGGCGAGGCCUACAACAGCGAAGGUCUUGCUCAGGAUGUCGCUGAUAUCCUUGAUGCCGAGGGCUCCCCCAAGGUUAUUGUCAUUGGCCAUGACUGGGGCAGCUACCUCGCUGGUCGUUUCGCUAACUGGCAGGCUGCCCGUGCUACUGGCCUCGUCGUUACCAGUGUUGCAUACCGCCCUGCCUCUGAGCUUCAGCUUGAUGCUGCCAACGCCCAGAUGAAGUCGGUGCUCGGCUACGAGCCCUUUGGCUACUGGGGCUGGAUUGCUGCUCCUGGCUCUGCCGCUGUCCUGGAAGAGCACAUUGAUUCCCUCUUCUCCUUGCUCUUUGCCAAGGAUGCUGAAAUCUGGAAGACCGACUUUACCCCCGCCGGCAAGCUUCAAGAGUGGCUCGCCCAGGACAGACACGUCGAGGAAGCCGAAUUCAUCACACCCGAAAUCAGAGCAGAGCUACUGCGCAAGUGGAAGGAGGAUGGCUUCGACGGUAAGCUCGGCUGGUACCGCGCUAUGACAGAAAACACACACUGGAACCACGAGAAGAACAUCGAUGCCGCCCGAUUCAAGCUUUCCAUUCCUGUUCUGUUCAUCGGUGGAUCCCGUGAUGCCCCUGCUCCUGCUGCUCUUGGCGACCUUGUCACAAAGCCGCUUUGCGAGAACUACACGGGCAAGGUGAUUGACAGUGGCCACUGGAUGCUUCGCGAGAAGCCUGCAGAGUGGCUUGCCACUGUCCAGGACUGGCUCAAGGAGACAUUUUAAGUUUCUAAAGAUAUAAAAUGAAUAAUUAGAAAAAUUUGACGCGUUUGCUUUUCGCUCAAAUGGUUCUGUCUCUCAAAAGAGUGCGAUGCGCCGCUGUCUGUGUUUUGGCUCCGCAACCUAAAGCGGCUUCCCACGGCUCCUAGCCCCUAUUGCCAAUCAGCAAUACUUGCAUGUAAGUUGGGAAUAACGGCUGUCGCUAUCCAAUAAGUGGGGUCUGCCGUUGUGAAGAGACUUUCUCGUUGGAUGGUUCUCGAAAUCUCACCAGCUGACGACAUGCGCCGGCUACACGGCA